GUUGAAAAGACGGCCAACGGUUCGAACGUUUGCGUGCUGAUACGACCAUAAACACCAACCUUGCGUAGAAAAGGGCCCGGACCUUAUUGAUAAGAAAAAAUUUAACGUAUAAACAAAAAAAAAUUAAACAAAUAAAUAAAUUGAAACGGUGACUAAUAUAGCACACAAAGAGAUAAAAAACAGAUUCUCUAAAUUGUUUUAAAAAAAUAUUUCCAAUAUAUACAGUUUUUCUGGAUCUUCUUGUGUAAAGUUGUGAAUCCCUUGAAAAACGUUAUGCAGAAAUAGGAGAAAAAAAUCAAACAGAUUAUCGAAAGAACAAAGAAAUCCAUCAUGUCAAAUUUUAAAAGUGAUCAUGCUGAAUACAUGUGGGUUAAUCCACAACAAAGCACAAAUAGAGAAUUUGCCGUUCCAAUUGGUGCACGUAUAGUUCGUACGGACAAAACGCGUACAUUGGUGUCCGACGACAAUGGAAAGCAGUUUUGGGUUCCCAAUGCCGACAUUGUUAAGCCCAUGCAUGUGACAUCACAGACUGAUGUUGAGGAUAUGAUAACGCUGGGAGAGUUACAGGAAUAUACCAUCCUUCGAAAUCUAGAGAUACGUUAUAAGCAGAAGAAAAUCUAUACAUACACCGGUACCAUGUUGAUAGCCAUUAAUCCCUACCAAGUUCUGCCCAUCUACACUAACAAAGAAAUCCAAAACUAUCGUGGCAAGAAAAUCAAUGAACUACCCCCUCAUAUAUUCGCUAUUAGUGAUAAUGCUUUCCAGGAAAUGAAACGGGAAAAGGUCAACCAAUGCAUUGUCAUUAGCGGCGAGUCAGGUGCUGGUAAAACGGAAAGUACCAAACUGAUAUUACAGUACUUGGCCGCCAUAAGCGGUAAGCACUCCUGGAUCGAGCAACAAAUCAUUGAGGCCAAUCCCAUCAUGGAAGCCUUUGGAAAUGCCAAAACCGUACGCAAUGAUAACUCCUCGCGUUUUGGCAAGUACAUCGAGAUACGCUUUACCGAGGCUGGCAAUAUACAGAGCGCCAAAAUUGAACAGUACUUAUUGGAGAAAUCACGCAUAGUCUCCCAGAACCAUGACGAAAGGAAUUAUCACAUCUUCUAUAGCAUGCUGGCUGGGCUAAGCCCAGAAGAGCGUAAACAGUUGCAUCUAAUGGACAUAUCUCCUGCCAAAUACCACUAUCUUUCGCAUGGAGGUUGUUUUAAGUUGCAGGGGAAAAACGAUGCCAAAGAAUUUGCCGACAUGCGUUCGGCCAUGCAGGUGCUCUCCUUUAGUCCAGAAGAGCAGUGGCAAAUCUUUAGUCUUUUGGCAGCAAUUAUGCACUUGGGCAACUUGGGUUUCAAUCCCACAGAAAUACGCCACAUGGAAGGAGCCGAAAUUAGUGAUAUGACCAUAGUGUCUAGGGUAUCCACCAUACUUGGAGUAACCAAAGAAGCCCUUUGCGAAACUUUGACCCAUAAGACCAUACUGAUCAAUGGUGAUGAAGUUGUCACCAGCCUAUCGAAAGAUGCAGCUUUGGAGAGUCGCGAUGCGUUUGCCAAAUCUUUGUAUGGCAAUAUAUUUGUGUACAUUAUCAAGCGCAUCAAUGAGACCAUCGACAAGAAUCCAGUGAAGAACAUCAACACUAUUGGUGUACUGGAUAUUUUUGGUUUUGAGAACUUUGAAGAUAACAGCUUUGAACAACUGUGCAUAAACUACGCCAAUGAAAAUUUGCAACAAUUUUUUGUGAAGCACAUAUUUAAGAUGGAACAAUCCGAGUAUCAACAUGAGAACAUCAGCUGGCAACAUAUUGAAUUUCAGGAUAACCAAGAUGUCCUGGACCUAAUAGGCAUGAAGGCCAUCAACAUCAUGUCCCUCAUUGACGAAGAAUCCAAGUUUCCCAAAGGCACGGACUUCACUCUGCUCGAAAAGUUACACACCCAGCACGGCAAUCGUUCCAUUUACAUUAAAGACAAAUCCAGACAGAAUACUCUAUUCGGAAUACGCCAUUAUGCUGGCGUUGUGAUGUAUAAUCCCCAGGGCUUCUUGGAAAAGAAUCGUGAUUCGUUUAGCUUGGAUUUAACCAAGAUGAUAAGCAAAUCAAAGAACAAGUUUCUCAAAGAUAUUUUCCCAGCACCUGUUCCAUACGAUACCAUAAAGAAACAGGUGACACUGUCAGUGAAGUUCCGCAACUCUUUGGAACUGUUGAUGCGUACAUUGUCUGCUGCCCAUCCUUUCUUUAUACGUUGCAUCAAACCCAAUGAUGAUAAACAGCCAAACCAAUUUGAUCGGGAGCUUUGCGUACGCCAGCUACGAUAUUCCGGCAUGAUGGAGACAGCCCGCAUUCGUAGGGCUGGCUAUCCCAUACGUCACACCUAUCAAGAGUUUGUCAAACGUUACCGUGUCUUGAUGAGGGGGUUAACGGGCCCCAUAAAUAAACUCAACUGCCGCCAAGUGACAGAAGAUAUUUGCUACCAAGAGUUGUCCCUGAAAUCUGACCACCAAUUUGGUCUAAGCAAAGUGUUCCUCAAGGACUGUGACGAUGCCUAUUUGGAGGAGGAAAGAUCCCGAGUUGUACUCAAGGCAAUUGUUACCAUACAAAGAGGAGUGCGAUAUAUGAUUUUCAGACGUUUCCUAAAGAAGCAUCGUCAAGCAGCAAUUGUGAUUCAAAAGAGCUGGAGAGCUCGCAAGCCUCGCAGAGAUUUUAAAACAAUGCAAAGGGGCUUCCAUCGUUUGGUUGCUGUGGUUCAAUCACGUCAGCAAACCUACGAAUUUACUCAGCUCAGAAAACGUAUGAGAAACCUUCAAGCCCUUUGUCGAGGCUAUCUAGUCCGUAAGGCAUUCCUUGCAAAACAUGGUGCUCGUUUGGCGAAAUUGAAGGAGUUCCGUGCCUUAAGAAGGAAAGAGGAGAACCAAUAUCGACUAGAGGGUGAACAAAAGUGGAAGCAGCAUGCUGAGGUGAACUACAAAAAACGUCUGCUAGGAGUUGAUCCUUUGGUGCAAAAACCAGUCACGCCAACUACUCCCAACACUCCAAACACUCCCAAAACCCCUAUCACACCAAUCAUUCCAACUUCGCCUUACGCCAAUGGCCAUGUGCUGCCGGGGGAAGAGUUCAACAGCAACAACAAUUUGAUCGAUGUGGAAUCCUCAAAGAGAAUUGUAGACGAUGUCUUUGGCUUCCUCAAUGACGCCGAUGUAAGUGGUCCUGUCAGCUCAAAUGUCAAGGAGAAAUCCCUUAUGUUCGAGAAAGUGUUAAGUAACCCCCGUUUCAUACCCACGAAAUUGUUAUCACGGCCAGUCAACUAUUAUGAGGCGGUAUCGGUACCAAGACCUCCACCUCGCAAAUAUACAAAUCAAACGCGCCUAUAAACGCUCGUAGUUGUUUGCAGUGAAGUAUUUUACCCAUGUACCUUCGAGUGUGGGCCGAAACGGUGGCGACUCUAUGGUCCUGUCACCCUGUUGGUGGUAUUCAAAUAUCAUUUCAUAUGUGCCAGUACUUACACCUUUCCCUCACCCACCACCCCACCCACCCAACCAUCACCUACUCGCUGUAGAUUUUAGAAGCCAUUAACUUUUUGUAAUUGUUAAAUAACAACGCAAUGGUUUAUUUAGUGUUGGUUUGCGCUCCCUUUGUACAAAUAUUUAUUCUUUUUCUUUUUUUCUCUAUUUGUAUUUUCCGUUUUGUUUGCUUGUUUUUAAUCUGCACCAUACUCACAGUAGAAAUUUUGUAAGACAAAUUAUUUUUGUAAAUAAAUUAAAUUU